AUGUCAUAUCCACCGAAUUCGGGUGAACGAGAUGAAUUCGAGGAACACGAAUUAUUGUCUGCUGAAAAUGGACUUAGAGAAGAUCCAAGUGACGCGGAACUGAGGGCUGAAGAGGCUGAGAAAGAUGACUUGAUGAGACGGUAUGAAGAUUUCAGUACCGUCGAUUGGAUUCAGGACUCCCUCUUGGAGAGAACAGUACUAUCGAAAGGUCCAACAAAUCCAUUCAUAGCUCGAUUAGACCGUAUAGAAGGUAUAUUCGGUUAUGUAUGGAGAUUGAUACGGAGAGCUUUAGAAGAAGGUGAAAGUUGGGUCGUGGUAUCUCUAGUAGGCGUUAUCAUUGGUAUAUCAGCCGCGAUGAUAUCGAUAAUAACAAGUUGGCUAUCAGAUAUAAAAUUAGGAUAUUGCACAACUGGAUGGUGGCUAACGCAGAAAUACUGCUGUUUGGAAAUAACGGAAGAGUUUGAAAGUUGUGCAGAAUGGAGGAAAUGGGGUGGGAUUUGGCCGUUAGGCUGGAUAGCAUAUAUCGCGUGGGCUGCCAUUUUCUCCUUUUCAGCUGCUUUCUUAGUGAAGAACUUCGCUCCUUACGCUGCUGGAUCAGGUAUAUCAGAAAUCAAAUGUAUUUUAGGUGGAUUCAUUAUUAAAGGAUUUUUGAGUGUAGAAACGUUUUUCGUAAAAGGUUUGACUUUGCCCCUCGCUAUUGCUUCUGGAUUGUCGGUAGGCAAGGAAGGUCCUUCAGUUCACGUAGCAUGUAGUAUAGGGAAUGUGGUAGCUAGGAUGUUCAGCAGAUAUGAUAGAAGUCAUCUAAAAAUGCGUGAAAUCGUGACUGCGUCCAGUGCAGCAGGUGUAGCUGUAGCUUUCGGUUCUCCAAUAGGUGGAGUAUUAUUUUCCAUUGAGGAAAUGAAUCAAACAUUUUCAAAUAGGACCAUGUGGAGAAGUUUUGUCUGUGCUUUAGUUGCUACUUUUACUCUGGCCUCAAUGGACCCUUUUCGAACUGGCAAACUAGUUUUGUUCCAGGUCUCUUACGAUAGGGAUUGGCACUAUUUUGAGAUUCCAGCAUACAUCCUCCUUGGCAUAUUCGGUGGAUUGUACGGUGCUUUUGUAAUCAAGUUCAAUCUGCAAGUUGCCGCAUUCCGCAGAAAACAUCUUGCCAAUCAUGGGAUCUCAGAAGCUGUCACUCUGGCAGUCAUAACAGCUUUUGUUGGAUAUCUAAACAGGUUUUUGAGAAUAGAUAUGACCGAAAGUUUGUCAUUACUAUUUAGGGAAUGUGAAGGUGGCGGAGAUCACGAAGGAUUAUGCCAGACAUCAUCUCAAUGGAGAAUGGUCAAUUCACUCCUGAUCGCUACAGUCGUUCGUACAGCCUUAGUUGUCGUUUCCUAUGGAUGUAAAGUUCCAGCAGGUAUUUUCGUCCCUUCAAUGGCGGUAGGAGCUACCUUCGGUAGGAUGGUAGGUAUCUUGGUCAAAGCAAUGCAUACAUCAUAUCCUCAAGCGCCAUGGUUCGCCGCUUGUGCUCCAGAUGCACCUUGUAUAACUCCCGGAACUUACGCUUUUCUAGGAGCUGCAGCAGCUUUAGCAGGUAUCACACGAAUCACUGUUACCGUUGUAGUAAUCAUGUUCGAACUUACAGGUGCUUUGACAUAUAUCCUUCCUACUAUGAUUGUUGCUCUAGUGACCAAAGCCGUAAGCGACCAAUUCGGUGGAGGAGGCAUUGCGGAUCAGAUGAUCCGACUGAACGGAUACCCAUUCUUGGAAAAAGAAGAUAAGGAGGAUACAACCGAUAAAGCUUUUAUUGAGCCGAUUGCGAAUGUCAUGAAGAAAGAUAUAGUAGUAAUGGUUGCUACUGGCGUGCCGCUUCAGCAAAUCGGCGAGAUGGUACAAAGUACUAGUUAUCAAGGGUUUCCAGUUGUCAAAAGUGAAAGUGAUCGCACUAUCAUCGGGUUUGUGAGAAAGAAUGAACUGAGGUAUGCUCUUGACAAAGCACGGCGAACACGAAAUCUCUCACCAAAUGCAUUAUGUGCUUUUCAACAUACUCCACCUAUAAGGCCAUUAGAUAAAAACAUGUCAGGAGAACAUCUUCAAAGACCUGAAUCUGUGAUUCCCGGUAGAUCCGGAAGCGUCUUCAGAAGUCCAUCGAUGACUACUGGAAUUGGGUCUGCAGCUUUCAUGAGAAGGGAAAGUGGAUUAGACGUUGAAGAGGUUGAUUUUGGUGAAUAUGUCGAUGAGAUUCCAUUGACUGUAUCACCUAAAAUGCCUUUGGAGAUUGUACUUCAGCUUUUCAGGCGAAUGGGCCCACGAGUUAUCUUAGUUUCCGAUCAAGGGAAAUUAGUCGGAUUAGUAACUGUAAAAGACGUAUUAAGACAUGAAGUGACUGAGCAUCAUAAACAUACAAGGUUAACAUCAUCAAAUACAAAUAUACCUCUCACGAAUAGAAAUCCAUAUUCGCAUAACAGAGAUGAGUCUACUUCAACAACAGGUGGUGGGACCAGUGGAUGGGAUUUAGGUUUCGGUUCAAAUAUAAACUCUGACGACAAUCAAGAUCAAAACGGAAACGAUAAUCCAGGAUUGGAAAUCGCAUUAGAAGAGGGUUUCGCUUGGUUAAGAGUUCAAGCUAGUAGGUUAUAUAAUAUAGCUCAUGAAUCAUAUAGAGGAAUAACUGGAAAUCAAAGAAAUAGGAAUGAUGGAAUGGAAUUUGAUCUGAAUGAUCCUGAUAUAAAUCAUCAUUAA